AUGAUCGAUGAUAUCAAGGACAAUGGAGGAGAUGUCACGAUUCAGAAAGCGUUCCAGAAGGCGCUGGGAAGUAAUGGUGAUGCGGUGUAUCAAAAGGUUAUCAAGAACAACCCGCAGUUUGGCGCUUCAACUACAAGACUUCAGCAAAUCUACGUCCAUCUUGACAAUCACAUGUCGAGAGGUGCAUGGUGCUGUGGCGGUGGUGACGGAAACACCUGGUUCGGUGAUACAGACUUCAACGUCGCUAAAUGGGUUCGCGGACUCGAAUUCAUGGCUGACCACAGCAAGAAAUGGGCCAACAUGAUCUCCAUCGGCCUCCGCAACGAGCUCCGCAAGCCCGACAACGCCGGCUCCUCCCUCGCCUACAACUGGCCCACCUGGUACGACCAAGUGAUCCCCGCCGCCAACGCCGUCAACAAAGCCAACCCCAACAUCCUCAUCUUCCUCUCCGGCCUCGACUACGACACGCCUGAGGACCUGGGCAACGGCAAGAAAUUCCAACUCGGCGACUUCGCCUACAAGAACAAACUCGUCCUCGAGUUGCACAACUACCAGAACGACAUCACCAACUGCGGCAGCAUGGAGAGCGGGCUGUGGAACAAUGGUUUCCGCGCGACGUGGCCGACGGCGAUCAAUAAGAUGCCCGUAGUUCUGACCGAGUUUGGGUUCAACCAGGCGGACAACUCGUACACGAAGACGUAUGCGACGUGUAUCAAGAAGCUGAUGCCGCAGUGGCAGACGGGCUGGACAGUUUGGGUGAUUAGUGGAAGUUAUUAUAUCAGGAGUGGGACGCAGGAUUUUGAGGAGACGUGGGGGUUGGUGAAUCAUGACUGGAGCGCGUGGAGGAAUAACGAUGCGAUCAAUCAGUUGAAGGCGAUGGUGGAUGAGACGUUGAAGUCGGUGACCUAG